GUUGGGCAGAAAGUGAGCCCAGGCCACACGUGGAAAUAAACCACCGUAAAUUUCGUGCGUUAUAGAUCCCUUUUCAAGUUUCUACUUUUGAUCAUGAAACCCAUCCCUUUCAGUUCCGUGUUGUUUUGAUGUUUUCUCAGUUCGCUACAUUUAAUACGCUGCUUCCGUUGGACUGAGUCUUCUCUUCUCCACCACUUGCUCCUUCUGCUAGAGCAAGCUUUCCACUCAGCAAUGGCGAGCUUCUUCUCCAACAAGACCAGGCUCUCUUCCUCUCUACUCAAACGAUUCCAACGGCAGGCAGCCAGUGCUACUCCCUGGCUAUUCAUCACCAGAUCUUACACAACCGAAGGCAACCGUCCUACCAUAGUCCACAAACGCAGCCUUGAUAUUCUCCACGACCCAUGGUUCAAUAAAGGAACAGCUUUUACCAUGACAGAACGGAAUCGUCUUGAUCUCCGAGGAUUGCUUCCUCCAAAUGUUAUGUCUACUGAACUACAGAUUGAGCGCUUCAUGAUUGAUUUAAAGAGGCUUGAAGUGCAAGCAAGAGAUGGACCAUCUGAUCCCAAUGCUUUGGCCAAGUGGCGGAUACUCAACCGCUUGCAUGACAGAAAUGAGACUAUGUACUACAAGGUUUUGAUUGCAAACAUUGAGGAAUAUGCCCCUAUAGUGUAUACUCCAACUGUUGGUCUUGUAUGUCAAAACUACAGUGGUUUAUUUAGAAGGCCAAGAGGAAUGUAUUUUAGUGCUGAAGAUCGUGGAGAAAUGAUGUCGAUGGUUUAUAACUGGCCAGCUGAUCAGGUUGAUAUGAUUGUUGUUACAGACGGCAGCAGAAUUCUGGGUCUUGGUGAUCUUGGAGUUCAAGGAAUUGGCAUUGCAAUUGGAAAGCUGGAUUUGUAUGUUGCUGCUGCAGGAAUUAACCCUCAAAGGGUACUUCCUGUAAUGAUUGAUGUUGGGACUAACAAUGAGAAGCUACUCAAAGAUCCAUUAUAUCUGGGAUUGCAACAACACCGUCUUGAUGGGGAUGACUAUCUUGCUGUUAUAGAUGAAUUCAUGCAAGCUGUCUUUACUCGUUGGCCACAUGUUAUUGUACAGUUUGAAGAUUUCCAAAGCAAGUGGGCAUUUAAGUUAUUGCAGCGGUAUAGAAAUACCUACAGGAUGUUCAAUGAUGAUGUGCAGGGAACAGCUGGAGUUGCAAUUGCCGGACUUCUAGGUGCUGUGAGAGCACAAGGAAGGCCAAUGAUCGACUUUCCGAAAAUGAAAAUUGUUGUUGCUGGUGCUGGAAGUGCAGGAGUUGGUGUUCUUAAUGCUGCAAGGAAAACAAUGGCGAGGAUGUUGGGUAAUAAUGAAGUAGCUUUUGAGAGUGCAAAGAGUCAAUUCUGGGUUGUUGAUGCUAAGGGUUUAAUCACAGAAGAACGUGAAAAUAUUGACCCAGAUGCCGUGCCUUUUGCUAGAAACGUGAGAGAGGCUGAUCGUCAAGGACUAAAGGAAGGUGCUAGCCUUGUGGAAGUGGUUUGUAAAAUGAUCUUUCUCAUUUUAGUAUGGCUUAUGAAAUAUCAAAAUAUGAUUUAAAUUUGAAGUUUUGUGAACAGCAUGUGUGUUGAAGUAAUUAUGAAACUUAACUAAUGAUGAAGGUUCCGGUUGAAACAAACAAAAAAAGAAAAACGAAAAAAAAAAACAAGCCUGAAUUUCUAUUUUUAGAUCUUGUGCAUAUUGAAAAGAUAAGCUAGAUGUACUAUAUUAUUUGUGGUUUACCAUUCAUGAGCGAAUAUUCAACAAUCUGCAUCUUUAAUCCAUCAGAUUCACAUUUCACUUGGAAGACUAGGUUAGAAGCCUUGUAAUUCAUCAAAAGAAGAUAGCAU